AUGGACGCCAUAAAACAAUACCUCAAUCUACCAUUUAGGUAUCAUCUACUAGCCGGCGCUAUAAUUCGGUUAAUAUUGAUCAUCUAUGGCGAUUUUCAUGAUAAAACGUACGAUGUUCCAUACACGGAUGUCGAUUAUAAAGUGUUCUCGGAUGCUGCGAGACACGUCAUCGAUGGCAACUCGCCCUACCAACGGCAUACGUACAGAUAUAGCCCUUUACUAGCAUUCCUGAUGAUACCAAAUAUUUUAAUUGCCAGAAAUUUCGGAAAAGCACUAUUUUCUGUUUUUGACCUACUUGUAGCGAUAGCUAUAAAAAUAUUAGUAGAACAUCAAUUCCAGACGAAAGAUAAAGAGAAGCUAUCUAAAAUAGCCGUGUAUUGUACAUUGUUUUGGUUAUACAACCCUCUGAGUAUUGGCAUCUCGACCAGAGGCAAUGCAGACUCUGUUCCUUGUUUUUUUAUAAUCGUAUCGAUACUAUUCUUGCAAACAAAUGUUGUGAGAGGUCUACUGAAAUAUGCUUUAUCUGGCAUUUUGUUAGGUAUUUCAAUACAUUUGAGAUUAUAUCCGUUAGCGUUCAGUUUUCCUAUGUAUCUAUCUUUGGGCACGUAUAAAAUCACUCGCAACACUAGCAUCAAAGAGGGUUUUAUAGCGUUGAUGCCAAAUAAAAAACAAAUCAUUCUGGCUUUGAGUUGUAUUACAACGCUUUUCGUUCUUACAUACAGCAUGUAUAUAUUGUAUGGAUAUGAGUUCUUGUUUGAAACAUACAUUUACCACCUAUUUAGAAAGGACACUAGACAUAAUUUCUCACUACUUUUCUAUUAUUCAUACUUAACAAUGGAUCAUCUAUCGUUUGACAUUGUGAAGACCAUUUCGCAGGCAUUCGAGUGUAUAAUUUUAUUUAUAAUUAGUCUAACAUUCGGUUGUGAACCUAAAACACUUUCGUUUGCUUUGUUUUCACAAGCAGUUGUAUUGGUUGCUUUUAAUAGUGUGAUGACGUCACAGUAUUUUGUUUGGUUUUUGUCGCUCCUACCUCUCGUUGUUCAUAACAUGAAGAUAAUACCAGCAAAGGCGCUGAUACUCACUGUUAUUUGGAUUUGCGCGCAAGGAGCUUGGCUGUUUUAUGCAUAUUUAUUAGAGUUUAAAUGUAGACAAGUUUUCAUAUUUAUAUGGUUGAAGAGUAUAGUUUUCUUUUGCUCCAAUAUAUUUGUGUUGGGUCAGCUUAUCAAAAGUUAUACGAGUGGUCAUGGUUUCGGCCAUUUUGAUGUUCCAACUAAAAUAAAGAGCAAGUAGGUACCUAGUAAUACCUAGUUUUAGUUAUGUUUGAUUUGUAGAUAGAUUAUGGUUAUGUUUAAUAUGUAGAUAGAUUUAUCAUAAAAUAAAAGAUGAAA